GCAAUUCUCACCAUUUAUAUAUCGUUAUCGGUUACAAAAGGCAAACCCAAAAAUUUUAGUUUAUUCCUUUAUAUUGUGUUACGUUUGGCCCGACUUUUGCCACAAUUAAUGAUAUUUAUAUUAUUGACAUUUUUGUUACCACUGUUGGGUUCGGGCCCUCUUUGGGCUGAAGUGGUCGGCAGUAAUGUUGACAAAUGUGAGACCAAUUGGUGGCUAAAUCUGCUUCUCAUUCAAAAUCUCUACAAAUCUGAUCAAAUGUGUGCGGUUCACACGUGGUAUAUCGCUCUGGACUUUCAAUAUCACGUAAUGACAGCUAUUGUUUUAUUAGCCUAUCUGUAUAAUAAGAAAGCGGGGAUUAUAUUAAACACAAUCAUAAUUGUGAUAUUUUUAAUAAUCUCAUCGAUUAUGAUAUAUGUAUACGAAGUGCCGCCGGCUAUCAUCCAUACAUCGCGAACAUAUUUCGGUAAUCUCUAUCACAAACUUCCGCCGUCUUAUGGAGUCAUGAAACCCACAUUCAAUAUAACCAAAUCAUCGCUGACUAUCCUAUGGAUCGCAAUACUCGCCGCCUAUUGUAUCCCAUUGUGGGAUAAAGUCUACUGGAGUUUCGGCCGACCCUUUAGUCCAGCUUUCGCCACAGUUUUCUAUACAUUAUGUCGAGUGAUUUGGACGGUCUGUACGUCACUAAUGAUAUGGUUGUGUAUAUCGGGAAAGGGAGGGCUAAUCAACACAUUUCUAUCGCACCGGGCAUUCGUACCGAUGGCUCGGUUGACA